AUGGCUCCUACUAUGCCUCGAAUGGCGGCCUAUGGCCUCUUACUCCUCGGUUUACCUUCCACCACUCUCGCUAAGCCAGUGGGAAUCCAGGCACGCCAAAAUGUCCCUGGCGACACGCCUUUCGUGAGCUUUGAUGCUUGCAGUGAUUCUCAACGCCAGGACAUCGAGAAGGCCUGGGCCGAUGUGGUCACGCUCGCCGGUGUUUCAAAACAGUUCAAUCCUCCCGGCACGAUCGAGUCGAGAAUCUUCGGAGAUGACAUCAACGUAAGAUUCGAGGAUAUAUCCCGUAUAUACACUAUUUUCCACAACAUCGAGGAACUGAGUAAGAAUGGGCGCAAGAUGCAGAUUUCCUGCCAAGAUAUCUACCAGGACCACAGGGGGGCGAAUGACCAGGUUACAUGUAAAAACGUGAUUCAGUCUUCAUCUGGCUCCAUCGGCGCCUACGCAUUUUCCACCGAGCCGACCAUCGAGAAGUCCACCAUUGUUCUUUGCGAUCCCUUUUGGGCGCCCGGCCAAGAGUUUCUGGGGGAAAUAGUUGAUAAUCUCCGCAAGGCGCCAGAGGGUGACAGAAAGAACCCAAAUCUCAUGGUCGGCAAGGGUAAAAUUCUACUUCACGAGCUGACGCAUCUUACCGCAUUGGCAGAGACAUCGACGAAUGACGUUAUUGUCAUCGAUCAACUCCUCAAUGACGACUCCAAUGUAAAGGCUUAUGGGAUUAGAUUGGUGGAAAGGCUGGCCAGAAACAAGAAUUGGCGCGCUCGUACCGCCAAGAAUGCUGACAGUUACGCAUGGUAUGCGACCGAGAAGUACUUUGAAGGCAUGUUCGGCACUCCCAACGCAGCCUAUGAGAAGAGAGAUGGAGAUGAGGAUGAUACUUCACCCGAACAACCGGCGCCUCCCGCAGCUCCCACCAAGGCACUCAACAUCAUCCUCGAGAACAAGCGUCACGGAGUCCCGAAUGAUAAAGACUUCUACGAUACAAUGAACUGGCUAUUCUACUCCACCGACUAUGGGACUGCUUCCCAGUGUGCACUCAACCCAGCUCUCGCCACUCAUGCCGAUGUAUCUAUUGACACCCUAUCGAUCAAUGCUCUGAGAGACGACCACUUUCCUGGUGGCACAUUCGAUAUCAAGACUCAAGAUGGAGACUGCCAGUAUAAGAACGAUGGCACAGGAAACCCAGGAGCUUUGUGGUGUGGUGAGCAGGGACACUCAUGCAGGGCACACCCGGACAGACGGACCUUCACUUACUGCCGCGACCUUGACAAGUCUGCGCAGAUUCAGCAUGCAGCUAUGGUUGUUUGUGAGUGGUAG